AUGGACUCGACUCGGCCAGAUUACGACCACAUCCUUCCUCUCCUCUCCGCUCCGAACCCAUGGCGUCCUGAAUCCGAGAGCCACCUGCUAGAACCGUUUACGUACCUCACGUCCAAUCCCGGCAAAGACAUGCGUUCGCACCUGAUCGAGGCGUUUAACCUCUGGCUCCAAGUCGGCGAACGUGAACUGGCGAUUGUGGGUAAAGUGGUGAAUAUGUUGCAUAAUGCGAGUUUGAUGAUGGACGACGUCGAAGACGAUUCUCAGCUCCGUCGUGGUGCACCCGUCGCACACAAGAUUUACGGAAUUCCGCAAACGAUUAAUACUGCGAAUUAUGUUUAUUUCUUGGCGUACCAAGAGUUGUUUCAAGUUGCGAGACUGGGAUCAUCGGACAGGACAAAAGAUUUAGACAAGGUCGUUACUGAAGAACUUUUAAAUCUCCAUCGAGGCAGGGGUUAG